CUCCAUGUUCCGUCCAGGACACACCGGUGCCAGCUGUACCCGCGGGACGUAAACGCACAGCUGGGACUCGGGCGAGCAGCGUGAGGCUGCGGGCCAGUGAUGCCGGACACAUUCACGCUCAUAAGGAACCGGACAGAGCCACGGCUGGGGCCGCUGGAGCGCACACUGGCCUCGGAGGGGAGCGCCCGCCCCGCCUGGGUCAUAGCCAUACUGGCCAGUGUGCUGAUCUUCACCACGGUGGUGGACGUGCUGGGGAAUCUGCUGGUGAUCAUCUCGGUGUUCAGGAACCGCAAGCUGAGGAACGCAGGUAAUGUGUUCGUGGUGAGUCUGGCGUUUGCUGACCUGGUGGUCGCCUUCUACCCGUACCCCCUGGUCCUCUACGCCCUCUUCCAUGACGGGUGGGCACUGGGAAACACACAAUGCAUGGUCAGUGGUUUCCUCAUGGGGCUGAGUGUCAUCGGCUCCAUCUUCAACAUCACUGGGAUCGCGGUGAACAGAUACUGCUACAUCUGCCACUCCUUCUCCUACAGCCGCCUGUACAGCUACCGCAACACCCUGCUGUUUGUGGCCUUGAUUUGGCUGCUCACGGUGCUGGCCCUCGUCCCUAACUUCUUCGUGGGGUCGCUGCGCUACGACCCGCGGGUCUACUCCUGCACCUUCGACCAGAAUGUCAGCACCUCCUACACGGUGGCGGUGGUGGUGGUGCACUUCCUGGUCCCCAUAGCGGUGGUUACAUUCUGCUAUCUCCGCAUAUGGGUACUUGUGAUUCAGGUGCGACGUAAGGUGAAGACCGAGGAGGGCCCUCGCCUCAGACCGAGUGACUUGCGGAAUUUCAUCACCAUGUUCGUGGUCUUUGUGCUGUUCGCCAUCUGCUGGGCCCCACUCAACCUGAUAGGCCUGGCAGUGGCCAUAGAUCCGUCCCGUGUGGUGCCCCGCAUCCCAGAGUGGCUCUUUGUGGUCAGCUACUUCAUGGCCUACUUCAACAGCUGUCUCAACGCCAUCAUCUAUGGCCUGCUCAACAGGAAUUUCAGGAAUGAGUACAAACGCAUUGUCACCUCCGUGUGGGUGACCCGGCUCUUCGUGACAGAGACUUCCCGAGCCGGCACGGAAGGCAGGAGCAUGAGGAGCAAGCACUCGCCGCCGCCGCCGCCGGCACUGCCGCCGCACAACAACAACGAGUCAGUAAGAGAUCACGUCAACAAGGAGUGA